AUGGCCGAUCAAUUUGUGGCGGUUGAAAUCCCUCGUUCCGAGUCGCCGGAGAAGCAUGUCGAUGCAGCUGAAGGAGAAGAAGAAGUGAACGAUUGUCCGAUUGGGCAACUAAAGUUGGUUGGAACAAUAGUUUCUUCUUCCAUCUACUUCGGCACAGCUUGGUGGCUUCACUCAACAGUUGAGCACAUCUGUGAUCCGUCUCAACUACCCGAUGGGAGUCCUUGGACAUGCCCUGGUGACGAUGGUUUCUACAAUGCUUCGAUCAUUUGGGGAGUAGUAGGCCCAAUGCGAAUGUUCACAAAGUACGGGGUAUACCCGGAGAUGAACUGGUUUUUCCUCAUUGGCUUUCUUGCACCCGUACCCGUAUGGCUGCUUUCGCGGAAAUUCCCUGAAAAGAAAUGGAUCAGGCUGAUCCACAUGCCUCUUAUUUUGGGAAGUACAAUGGGCAUGCCACCAGCUAGAUCUGUCAAUUAUUUGAUGUGGGGAGUUGUGGGACUCUUCUUCAACUUGUAUAUUUACAAGAAAUUUAAGGUAUGGUGGGCAAGGCACACUUACGUUUUGUCGGCUGCAUUGGAUGCUGGAAUUGCCUUCAUGGCUGUUGUUCUUUACUUCACCCUUCAAGCAAAGGAUAUCGCUGGUCCGGAUUGGUGGGAUUUGACUACAGAAGACCAUUGUCCAUUGGCUAGGUGCCCAACAGCACCAGGGAUAGAAGUAAAAGGCUGUCCUGCUCUUUGA